AUGAAUCAAAAAAACAACAAACCCGAACAGAAACAUGCAUCAUAUGUGAUGCCUGUCUGGAAAUUUAUUGAUUCUUCGUUUAGAGAACAAAGCGAGAAGAGGAAAUGUAUAUCGAAGGAAUCGUUGAAAGUCAAAGAAGUUUCUGUAAUGACUGAACCAUCCAAUUUACCACUCAUCGACACUGUAGCUACCCAGAUAUCAUUUACGACUGAUAAAUCUAUACAAACUAUCAGUAAUGAGCCUACAAUACUCCUUCAAUCUCAUCAUGACAUCUGUGUAAACUGCCCAGAAACAGUCAAUUCACCUUUAUCAACAAUUCCUUUUCAUCAAUCGUUUAAGACAACAGAAACUCAAGCAACAGUAUUAAAAGAUGUAGAAUUUAAACCUGUAACAGAUUCAUAUGUACAAACGAAUCCUUUGGCUUAUUAUGAUCUGAUAAUAAAAAGUGAUACAACAGCAAGAAGAAAUCAAAGAAGACGAAGAAGCAAAAAAAACAGAAGAGGAGAAAUUCAACAGAAAGUACAAAGAAGUCAAAUUCAACAUAUGAAGAUACAAUCAAUGGAAAAUGAAAUCGACUUUUCAUCUUCCAUAUCUGCCUACUUGUCACUAUCAUCAUCGUCAACUGAUGUUGAACAUUAUUAUCAUGAUAAUCAUAUUGAUGACAAUAUAAUGAAAGUUAGUCAAUGGGGGAUAAAACAAAAUAGACAAAGAGUUAAACAGUUCCACAAGUUGUUGAAUACUUCAAGCAAGUCUGUAGUAUGUGAUAAACAAAUGUCUAUUGGAGAAAUGAACUCAUCCAGAGAAAAAUCCAUUUCAUAUUUGUCUAAUGAACAAAAACAAGAGGAAAUUGGAAAGACUGCAGCACCUAGCACAUUUUCUAAUCAUGCUACUGAACCAGAUGAUAUAAAGUUAGAAUCAAUAAUCCGUAUGAUGAAUACAACUUUUGAAGGUCAACAUUUGUCCAAUCAUGUACAAGGACAGACUUAUCCAUAUACUAAACUGCGUAAUUCAAAUUAUGUGUGUAGAAACUUGGACAUUGAUUCGACAAGUCAUCUAAUACAUGGAUCACAACGGCAACAAGAACUGUAUCAACGCGGUAGUAGAAUAGAAGAGGAGUUACCUUAUUUUGGCCAUGAAAAAUGUGUCUGUUUCAAUAAUGGUAAGAUAGAUGCGGCAGAAGAAGACAAGUUACUCAGUGACUUAUUCUUUAUAUGUAACUAA